AUGCCUUGCUGUUGUAAUGGCAGCAUAGAAUGUCAUGUUGAGAACAAUUUAUCGAACAAGUCGGAAACGGCGGAUGUUAAGGGCUGCGAUGAGCAACCAACCUGCACGUCCAUCGUCUGGGCGGACGGUCGCGGACGCCCGACGGUCCAACUGUCGCUGAAGUGCGCUACGAGGCGUGACUGGGCGCAGCAGCAGCAGCAGCCGCAAGCGACGCGGCCCACCCGGAGCCCGCCACAACCGCUGCCCUACUCCGUCCCCACCUUGGCAAUAGGCGACGUGUUCCUCUCAUGCAACACGGUGGCAGGGCUGGAGCAUGCGGCCGAUUGGGACUUGGCGAAGGCCCCUUUGGAACCUCAGGCGCAGGCGCAGGCUUCCACCCAGGCUAAGCUGCCCCAGGCCCCUCACCAGCCUCACUCAGCGUUCCCGGAUGGCCCCCGCGGCGCCGCGGCCCCCCUGGAUCUCGGUAGCGAGCUGCUGUUGCGUAUGUCGCCCCCUGUUGGCGGUCAGCGACUCAUGUUUGUGAGCAAGGAGGGCGCGGAGCUGGUCCGGAGAGCGCUGCUGCUGAGCAGAUAUGAUGAAAUCAUGGCAGAAAGGAAGGCCGCGGCGCAGGAGGCAACGGAGGAUGAAGGUAUUGAGAACCCCCAAAACGCAGCCGCCACCUCCAGGGCCGCUGCAGCAGCGACGACAUUUGCAAAGGGAUCGUCCGAGGCACGCGACCCGCGGGUAAGUGGUUUCGAUGGCUUGAGAGCUGCCGGUGGCGCCCGCGGCGGCAGCGAGGGUCGUGGUGACGAGGAGGUCGGCUCUGCACCGCCGCCUGCGCAGUGGUUUCGGAGGUCGAACACGAACACCGCCGACCGGGCGCCGACGCGCACAUCGCCCUCCUCUGCGCCGGCUGCGAAAUCACUGGAAAAUUUAAAUUCAAAUUCAAGUUUAAAAUCAAACGCACCUGAUGCGCCUGCCAGCGAGGCGCUGCUCAGUGGCAACAGUGCGGAAACCAGUACCGCUGCCGCCGCCGCGGCGGCCAGCACGUACGACACUCUACAGCUAGACCUCCCCAGCUGGCUUCCUCAACCGAUCCGCGAGGCUGCGACGGCUGCUGCGCGCGGCGUUGGCAACUGGAUGACGCACGGCAUCGGUGGCGGCGGCGGCGGCAACGCCGCCGCCGCCAGCGGCGGCGCUGUCGGCAGCUUGACGGCGCUUCUGGCGCGCGGCGCCGCCUCCGAUGCCUUGGACGUGUCAUCUGGGCCACGACCGCGAUUGCCCGCGCCGCCGCUGACCAGAGCCAUGCAGCUGCCGCCGCUGCCCCCGCCGCCGCCCACACCGCCAACAGAAGACCCUGACAAGGCGCACUUGGACAACGAGGAGAUCCUGCGCGAGCUGAAGCAGCUGGAGGCGGCCAAGGUGAUUGCGGACGCGGAAGCGCUCCUGAAGUCCUUGAAACGCGGCGCCUGGGGCAGCGGCGGCGACACCGACAGCAGCGACGGCACUGCUGGUGGCUUCCUGCCGCCCUUCAGCUUCAGCAGCUACGUGGCUAGGCUGCCAUUGGCAGCAGCCCUCAAGGCCCUCCUUAGCAAGCCCGCCAACGCGCCGACGACGACCACGACCACGACGACAACGCAAGCCGCCGCCGCCGAACAUGCGGCGGCGGGGUCGGUGCCUGUACGGCGUCGCUUCUUACUCGUCCCUGACUCAGCGGAUGAGCAGGCCGUGAUGGGUAGCCGCGAGAUUGAGCGUUUGGUGGCGGAUGUGGACGCGUCUGCUUCUGCUGCUGCCGCGGCGGCGGUGGCGGCGAGGGAGGAUGAGGACGGGCCAUCUGUAGUGGGUUUGGACGACGGUGCCAGCGUCGCCGAGGGCGGUACGGCAGGAGCUGCAGGGUCGACGAGGAGCAGCAGUCGCGGCAGCGGCGGGUCCGUUCCUGGCCGUCGAAAAACCCCUCGCCCGCGGCAGCUGGCGUCGGCGCUGGCGUUAGUGCGUGAUGCGGGGGUGGCGGCCUGGCGGUGGCAGCGCUCGGCGGCGCGGUGGAGGGUGGUUUCGGCGCUGGAUGUGCUCACGGUGCACAGCGCAGGGUUCCCCAUCAUGCGCUUCCCACCCGUGUCGUCGUCUUCGUCGGCGGGGGCAGCUGGCGGCGGCGGCGGCGGUGGCGCUGGCAGUAAUGGCGGUAACGGUGACGAGGACAGUGAUGAUGGACUUCCGGAGGCUAAGGAGUUGUUGCGGGAGAUGGGGGCAGGCAACCGCCGGUCUUCGUCCGCUGACGCCCUGGCCGCCGCCGCCGCCGCCGCCGCGGCCGCCGCGCCGGCCCCCUCCGGCCCCCUUGGCGUGCUGUCGACCCUGGCUGUGGGGGUGGUGAGCUUCAGCGCCUGGUGUGUGGCCUCAGCUGUGGAUGUGUGGGACGACAUCUACUCGAGGACGCCCUGGGGUCUGGAGGCGAUUGGGGUUCCGCAACACGUCAACGUAAGGCCCACCUAUUUAGAGGAACAUGUACAGCGGCUGGCGGAGGCAAAUGCGCCCGCCGUGGCGGCUGCUGCUGCUGCCGUACGUUCGCGAGCUGUUCAACGCGCGCUGGAUAAGCGGGCACGGCGACGGCAGCAAGCACAGCAGGCGCAGCAGCAAGAGCAGCCGCAGCCACAGCAGGUUCCCGCUGAUACUAGCAAAGGUGAGAAGCUGUUGCCUGGCGGCGGCGACGGGCCUGCCGCCACCGUCGUCACCGCCGCCGCCACCGCUGGCAACCAAUGCCCUGAAGCCGCCGCCGCUACCUCUGGGGCUCCGGAACCGGUUUCGUCGUCUCGAACUCCAGCGCCGUCCGCUGGCACUGCUGAUGCAACGGCUGCGGCGGGGACUGAGAACGACGACGGCAGUACCGCCGCCGCUGCGAAACGGCAGGACCGCAGCAGCCAGCGCCGCCGCGGCAGAGCUGCCGUCGCCGCGGCGGCGGCCGCCGCCGCGAGCGCCGCCUUCACCGGCUUGUCCUUACAAACUGAAACGAUGGCCGGACUCACCGUACUGCUCCAGUUCGCCUGGGCGACGGCGCGAGCCGCACAUUUCCGGGUGCAGCGGGAAGCCGACGUCGUCUUCGGCGCCUACGGCAGCGGUGGCGGGGGUGACGGCGUCGAUGGACUGCUGCGCCUGGCGGGCGGGCGAGGUUCCAGGGACGGCGGCAGCGGCGGCUUCGCCGCCGCCGCCGGCGGCGGCAGCGGCCUCACAUUGACCGCCAGCCAGGAUGGCGAGCUGGGCCUUGUAACGCGACCCCACAAAUUCGAGGUGGGACUCCAUCUCAAUGUACGGAAGCUUCUUGGCGACCUACCGGAGGAUGCUCCGGACCAGCUGCUCAAGUUACAACAGCCAAUGGCGGGAAGCGUCAUGCAGCCCGCCGGAGGCGCCGCCGCUGCCGCCGCCGUCGGAGGCGGCGCCAGCGGCGGCAGCAGCCGUCGCGCCCCGGCCCCGGCCCCGAUGCCUGAGGCGCACGGCCUCCUGCUUAUCGGCGAUCUAGGGCUUGAGGAGUUUGAGGAGAUGAGGGGGAUGCGGCCACCGGCAUUAGGAUUUGCAGAUCUAGGCGAGUUGCUGCCGCCGCCGGGGCGGCGGCCGGGGCUGGCGGCCGCUGCGUCCCCCGGGAGGAUGGGCGUCCAUGCCGGCGGCGCUGGGUUCGGGGAUGACAGUUUGGAGGGGGAGGAGGAGGAGGAGGAGGACGACGGCAGCGGGCCGGAGAGUUGGACGGGUUCCCGUGGGUUUUCACAAAACGCCCUUUUCCGGGUGCGCUGCUGGAGGUUGGAACGUGUACACGUAAGCGUACCGGGGGCGCCUGGUGCGCCGUUGUGGAGUGUGGUUCUUGUGAAGCGGAAGAGGAAGAGGGUCCUACGGCCGAAUAACAUGUCGGCUAUCUUGACGUUAUCUGACCAGCGUUUGCUUGUGAAGGCGCUUCAUAAGGCUCAGUGCUCAAACUCGCGUGACGGAGCCUUGACCCCCGGGGGAGGAGAGCGGAACUAG